AUGGAUAAUCAGGCAACAUGUACAGCAUUGAGCAUGUCAAGACUCCGAUGUUUGCUUCAGGGCCUCGAUUUAAAGACCUUCAUAUUUUUGUUUGUAAUCGUGCCAACUGGCAUUGUUGGUAUAUAUUUUCAUGGUCAGAAGAUUACAUACUUCCUACGGCCUCUGUGGCAAUCUCCUCCAAAGCCUUUCAUUGAGAUACCCCACUAUUAUCAUGAGAAUGUGUCGAUGGAGACUCUUUGCAAACUUCAUGGUUGGGGAAUUCGUGAUUAUCCAAGGCGGGUUUUUGAUGCAGUUCUAUUUAGCAAUGAAGUUGACAUGCUUACAAUCCGAUGGAAAGAAUUGUAUCCUUAUAUCUCACAGUUUGUUCUUCUCGAAUCAAACUCAACGUUUACUGGUUUGCCCAAGCCAUACUAUUUUGCUAUUAAUAGGGAUCAAUUCAAAUUUGUUGAGCCUCGGCUGACUUACGGGACAAUUGGGGGAAGAUUUAGGAAAGGUGAAAACCCAUUUGUGGAAGAGGCAUAUCAGAGAGUGGCCCUGGACCAGCUUCUCAGAAUAGCAGGUAUAGAGGAUGAUGAUAUGUUGAUAAUGUCUGAUGUUGAUGAGAUCCCCAGCAGCCACACAAUCAAUCUCUUGAGGUGGUGUGAUAAUGUCCCUCAUAUCCUUCACCUUCAUCUAAGGAACUACUUGUAUUCUUUUGAGUUCCAUUUGGAUCAUAAAAGCUGGAGAGCUUCCGUCCACAGGUACCAGAAGGGUAAGACUAGGUAUGCACACUAUCGUCAGACUGACUUCCGCUUGGCAGAUGCUGGUUGGCAUUGUAGCUUUUGCUUCCGCCAUAUUAAAGAAUUCAUAUUCAAGAUGAAAGCUUACAGCCAUAAUGAUCGUGUGAGGUUCUCUCAUUACCUAAACCCCAAAAGGAUUCAAGAGGUGAUUUGCAAUGGAGCUGACCUGUAUGAUAUGUUUCCCGAGGAGUACACAUUUAAAGAUAUCAUUGGGAAGCUGGGACCUAUUCCUCAUUCUUAUUCAGCGGUUCAUCUUCCUGCCUAUUUGUUGAACAAUGCUGACAAGUACAACUAUCUUUUGCCUGGGAGUUGCAGAAGAGAAGAUGGCUGA